AUUAAGUGACAUAUAUUAUUGUCAAUGUCAUGAUUAUACUUUUUACUUUUUUGUACCAAAACACUUUUAGUUUUUUUUUAAGCUAAAGUUCAUAAAUAUCGAUAUCUACAAUAUUAAAAAUAGAUCAGAUGGCCUACGAGAGUCUUUAUCAACCAGAUCCACUCGAUUUCCAUCCGUGUGAUGUCCCUAGUGGAUUAAAAGAUUACAAGCUCUCAGAAAUUACUGAUGACCAGCAAAUUGAGCUUAACAAUUUUAAACUCGAUCGGAUAAAAGAAGAUCAUAUAUAUUUGAAGAACCACCCUGAAAUCAAAUUUAUUGUAAACAAUCUGAUUCGAGCAGUAUUGAAGAAACGUCCACAAUUUGAUAUCGAAGCUUUUUUUGUCGACUACUUGCUAAACAAUCGAAUAUAUUUUCAAGAACUAAUAGAAAAGUUUAAAUUAGAAAGAAAUACAAGUGGAUCGUUUAUCUCCUCAAAUUCAGAUUCUUUCGACAAUGAUUCCAGCUCAAGCGAGUAUCUAUCUAUCUAGGAGGGCAAAUAGUUUUUAUAUAUUAUUUUUAUUUAUUUUUACGUUUUUAAAAUAUAAUAGUACCACAUUA